AGUUCAUUUUGGUUCCGAUUUUCUUUACCUUGUGGACUCUGUGUUUCUGUGCUGCGAGAUUUGAUGUUUCUAAUACUAUCUUUGUUUCAUAUAAUUUGAUUAUUUCACUUCAUUUUGUUCUUCUCUGUUUUCCUUUCUUCUUUCUGUUGUAAAGGGUUUAUUAUUUUUCUUUUUUCUCAUUUCAUUUUAAGGGGCUUGGGUUUUCUUUGUGUGCUUUAUUCCUUCUUCGUUUCAUUCGCUGAGGGGUUUAUUCGGUAGUGGGGCUAUGGUAUAGGGUUCUAGGCAUUGUCCUUAGCUGCUAUAUGCACGAGAUUUUGGCCCUUAGUUCAGUGACAGGAAAUGGCCUGUUGAAUGCUACUAGGCUGCAGUUCUUUUUCAGAGUUCCACACUUCCACUUGGUCUUGCCACGGAGUGAAUGAAUCCUGGAUGUUGCUGUUGUGAUGGAAUUCUAUCAUUUAAAGUGUUGCCAGUCCUUAUCAUGGUUGUGAGAUGUAUCUUAAGGCACAGCUCUCCUGGAAUGUGUUAAUACCUCCUGAAAAUUUGGAUCACGAAGGCCUGAUGCUACAAAGGUCCAUCAUAUUAGGCUUGUUGGAAGAAUUUGCUAAUAAGAAAGCCACCAAAGAUCAUGGUUACUUCAUUGCAGUAACUACCCUGGUCAGUAUAGGCAAAGGGAAGGUUAGACAAGAAUCGGGGAAUGUGCUUUUCCCUGUAGUGUUCAGUUGCAUCACCUUCAAGCCUUUCAAGGGAGAGGUUUUGCAGGGUGUUGUUGAUAGAGUUCUGAAGCAAGGUGUUUUUCUGAAAUGUGGACCCAUUGGAAAAGUAUUCCUCUCUGAACAUAAAUUGCCGGAUUACCACUACGUCCCUGGAGAAAAUCCGGUUUUUUUGAAUGACAAGCAUUCUAAGAUAGAGAAGAGCUCAGUGGUCCGCUUCAUGGUUCUUGGGACAAGAUGGGCUGAGACAGAUAGGGAGUUUGAAAUGGUUGGUACCUUGGAAGGUGAUUUCCUUGGACCCAUUUAGUAACUACACUAUGUUCUGUGGUUGUAUAUGUUUCUUUCUUUUUUGAUAAAUGUUGGGUGGUUGUAUAUGUUGGCUCAGAGUUUUGUAUCCAUGGUAACUUAGUUGUGGGUGGUGGGAAGUUGAUAAUGUUGUUCUUUGGUAUACGAUCGAGCCUAGAAUUUCCUAUAUAUCCCUCACUAUGCAAUGUAUGUAAAACUAUGUAAUGUUUCAGUUCAAUCAAAUUAUGUUAGUUUUUAAUUUCUUGUUGUGGUCA